AACUGCAAUAAUUGAUGUCAUUUGUACAAGUCUUCUCGUCCUAUCGUUCUCCUUCUUAUCCUCUAAUGAUCUUGCCGAUCUUGCCACCUCUACGCAUAGUUCAUCCUAAAACUUAAUAUUUAUUCAUUUUGCAUUAAUCUCUCUCUCUUCCAUCUCUUGUUCUUUUUAUUUCCUCUUAUUGUAAUGUAUAUAUAACUUACUCGUCAUUUUUGCACACUCACUCACUCACUUACACAUCCACACGCACACACACACACACUCUACACGCACUAUCAUUUUGGGCCCCCUCUCUCUCUCUUACCAGGAAUUCCCACGCCGCCCUGUCCAAUCCUAUCCAGCAAAAGUAAACCAAUACCAUAAUGAAUUUCUCGUGUACGUUUUGGUCAGUCUGGCCGCGUUAUUAUACCCAUGUUUCCUCUGUCACAAUCCGAUCGAGGAAUAGUGUACUUGUAAGAAGUAUUGCUACCAAAACCCACGAAAAGCCUGCUGCCCAUGCCUUUUACGAUGACAAGAUCGUCACCUAUGCCAAUCGACCUAUACGCCCUGUUACACUGAGCCAACUCGUUCGUUUCGGUCAACCACCAUUGACCAAGAAAAGUUUACGAGAAUGCGCCCACUAUGCUCGCACUGAAUUACCUGUUCGUUUGGCUCGACGUGUACGUGCAUUCCAAACGUUGCCCUUUAUUGUCGGUACCAACCCCUACAUUAAGGAAAUCUAUAAGCUUUAUUACGAGUCAUUCGAAAGCUUAGAACCCUAUUCCCACGAUCGCGGCGCGGUGCCUGCCAAUGACGAUAUCGAGUAUUCAGAAAAACUCAAGGAUUUAGUAGAUCGGCAUGCUGAUAAUAUCCCUACACUUGCUCGAGGUUUUUUGGAAUGCAAACUAUACAUGCAUUCGCAAGACGUGGCAGCGUUUCUGGACGACAUGAUCCACGCUCGGAUAGGCAUCCGACUGAUUGCGGAACAAAUGAUUGCUUUGGUCCGACAAGAACAGCAACAAGUAAAUAACAACAGUUCGUACAUUGGCAUUAUCGACACGCAAUUGAAUCCUGCGGAACUAGCAAAGACGUGUUCGGAUUUCGUAGCCGAACUAUGUGAAUUCAACUAUGGGUCGAGUCCAGAAACCAUCAUUGAUGGCCACACCGACGCUACGUUCACCUAUAUCCCCGUCCAUCUCGAGUACAUUUUGACCGAAUUAUUAAAAAAUGCUCAACGCGCCACGAUCGAGUAUUCCAAAAAGCGUGACAUGGCAUCAUCAUCACCACCACCGCCCAUCCAGAUCACCGUCAGUCAUGGCUAUGAAGAUAUCUCGAUCCGGAUUCGUGAUCAAGGUGGAGGUGUUGCUGAGGAUGAUUUGAACCAGGUGUUUGAGUAUUCCUAUACCACGGUGGCCAAGGCGGCUGAUGAUGAGGACCCUUCAAGUAUCUUUACGGGUAUGGCGGAAAUGGCAAUGCAAAGUGGUAUUGGUGGACCAUUGGCUGGAUUAGGAUUCGGUUUGCCAUUGGCUCGUAUGUAUGCUCGGUACUUUGGAGGAUCAUUUACACUGGUAUCCAUGAAUGGUUAUGGAUGCGACGUUUUCCUCAAAUUGAAACAUAUCGAUCAAUCCAUGGCAGAACUAGAAAUUUAAAUAAUAAAAAAAGUAAUAUAGUCUUUACUUUUAGACAAAC